AUGUGGUCCUCACCUGCUCCCCCCACGCCUUGCUUCCCUGCAGUCCCGGCAGUGACCGCGUCUGCCCAGGGCUCGCCCCCAUGCCAGGGGUCCCCUGUCCCGACCCUCCCCUCCCGGACAGCUCGCUGCAUUCGAGAUGCCCCCCACCCCCACCCUGCCUCACAGUCCCCUUUGGGUCACCUUCGUCCCCACUUGGGUCUGAAGCUGCCCGGUCCUUCCACCGACCGCCAGCCCUUUGGCAUUGUAAGCUUCAUGAAUGACGGCAAGAAUUUCCACUUAACCACGUCACUGAGUCUUGAAAACGGUACCUGGCCUAUGACGCAGGCGGAGGGAGACGCACUGAGGCCCCGAGGCCGCCGCACGGCGCUGCAGGAAGACCCGCUCCCCGGCCGCGCCGGUUCGCUCCGAGACGGGACCCUCGCCGGGCUCCGUGGAGCAGCCCCGCGGCGCUGGCCGUCUGCCGGGCUCGGAGGUGCCUGGACCGCCGCUGUGAGGGGUCCGGGUGGCCGGCUCCCCUCCGCCUCGGAGGACGGGCCUCGGUCCCGACGCCGGGCGGAAACCGCGCUGCUGCGGCAGGAGAGGAACAGGAUCACCCCGGACGGGAGGGCACACCAUGGACGGGAGGGGCCGGAGGAGACAGGGGGCGCCCCGGACAGGAGGGGACACCACGGACGGGAGGGGACGGAGCGGGAGCAGCACAGACUGCAAUGA